CCAGGGAACAACGAGUAGAGCAGUGCAGGUGUGUACAUUGGUGGAGCAUUCUCAAGGCUGGUGGUUGUUUUGGCUCCGGUCGGACUAGUUCAUUGUCUUUGCAGUUGGGAAUAAUUAGCUCCGGAUCCUCUCAGGGAUGAGGUGGUGGCGGCGGGAUGAUGUUGUGAGUCUGCAGGUUCGAUCUAACAACAGAGCAUUUACAGUACCAAGAUCGUUAAGAUACUUUGUAUUUUUGAGGACCAAGGCCGAAAGUCCCGCAACAAAGAAACCCGAUCUGACCAGGCCAAGGUGUCUGCACAGCCAAGCCCCAGGGUACCUGCAGAAGAUGAGGGGGACAAACGUAAAUUGUUGGAUGAGCUUCGGCAUUCCCCUCAAGCUGAUCCAGGACUUGGUUCCUCAACUUGGAAAUUCUUCCAAAAUAUGAAGAAACACAACGUGGGGACCGAAAUCAACGAGCUCUACCAACUUGAGCAGCGAGAGCAGUUCACAAGGCCCGUGUCUUAUCUGUACCGGGCGUGAUCCAACUUGGACGUAACAUUGUGCUAUCUGUGUAGCAUGUAGAUACCAUGGUGCUCGACAGCCUGCGGUGUUCAGCGAGCGUAGGCGCCGAUUCGAUGACUUGACGAUCGAAGGUUCAUAGCUGAUAGAUAAUCUUAUUCACUCCAAAUUCUUCCGCUGUCAUUUUGAAGAGGUCAGUAGCAACGGCGUGAAGAUAUACUCUAUGAGGUGGAACUGAUUUCUCUUAUAGGGGCUACUGAUGGAGUGGAUGUCGUUAGAUUCUGCAUCAUGCAAGAAGGUGGAAUUCUACACGGUAUGACAUAGUUAUGGCGUGGAAGAAAUCACAAAUCAAAACGUCCAUUUCGUUGUAGUAGUUAAGAAGUGCUAGUUCUACAGGCUACAAUGUGAAUCACUUUACUGCAACACGUAACCUUCUAGUCUUGCACAUGUCCGUGUGAUCGGCAUUGGUCUUUGGUCGUGGGAGCAAUCUACAGACCUCCUUGGAAGACAUUAGCAGCUGAUGUCUUCCAAGAAGGAGCUAUUGAUUAGCUACUCCCGAAUGUAUCCAAACUGAACGGAGAAGCUAAUUAGAUUUGUCAUAAAUGCUAAAUCCUCGAUAUAUACAAACUCGAUCAGAAGUGUAUACCUUGUGAGAAAUAGUAUGAAGA